CAAUCAUUUAAUUUGUUUUAGGCCCGGAUCUGCAGCUGUACCAAAGAGAGGGGCUAUCCAGCAAAAGUUCCAGGAGCUACGAUGAUCAUUUCACCAUGUUUCAUUCAAUUUUGCACCUCGUAACCCGCAUCUUAACAAAAUAAGCCUUUCAUCAUUGGGAUAGUACACUUAAUCGACCAAUAUUCCCCUUCAUUUUAAUUACAAAAAUCUUAUAUAUUCAUAUUUCGCAUUUUAAACCAUGGGUGGGUCAAGGGGUGACAGUUCGGUUAUUUUGGUUAUAACCGGUAAUUGGUUGGUCGGUUACCGGUUAACCAAAAUAACCACUCCUCCUAUCGAAAACCGUCCGAAAUAGGUUUCGGUUUAUCGGUUAUCGGUUAACCGAACCACUUUUAAGAGCAAAAACUAUUUCGUCCAGCCUCUGAUAACCAACCGAAGUUCGAUUACUUCGGUUACCGGUUAGUGGAUAACUGGCCGGUUAACCGAACUGCCACCUGCCUUCCACAAACAGAAACAGGUAUUUCAUUAUCGGGUUAAUUGCAUGGUUGGUCAUUGACAUUACAAAAAGCGUUCAUGUUUGGUCACUAGAAAAAUUUAAAUCCAAAAAACCGUUCAUUUAUAGUCACUCUCCGUUAGCUGCCGUCCAACGCCGUUAACGGAGUCCGUUAAGUGAUGACGUGGCUGACGGAUUCGCCUAAUCAGCACCUUUUGACCUCAAAAUUGACUGACCCGACCCGCCACGUCAGUUAAAACCUCCAUCUCAGCAAAACCUAACCAAACCUCUAACCAAACCAGACCCGACCCGACCCGACCCAACCCACCAACAAAAAUGACCCACCCGCCACUAAUCAAAACCCAAUUUCUAAAACCUACAGGACAUUCCCCUUCUCCUCUCCAUCCCGCGCCGCCUUCAUCUCUCCCGCGAAACUUCCUCUCCGCUCGUUUCAUCGGCGACGAAGGAGGAAUGGAGCCUGCGCCACAGUGUGGUUGACUGUUCUCCUUGGGCUCGCCUGGUGACUUCGAUUGCGCCUUCCUUGGGCUCGCCUCCGCCGCCGCUUCCGCUGCCGCCGCUGUUGUGGUCGUCGUCUUCGUCGUUGAGGGCGGAAUUGUGGAGGGAAGGGUGGUGGUGAUGGUGGAGGUCGAAGCCGCCCGGGAGGCCGCCGACCGGGCCGGUCCACCAAGGGUUGGCCAGGGCUGCGAUUCGAGGUUGGAUUAAGAAAAAGUUGAUGAAGCAAACAAAAAUGAUUAAGCAGAGAAGACAGAGAUGGAGAGAAAGAAGGAAGGGAAGGGUUUGUUGUGGUUGGGUUUGUAAUUAGUUGUUGUUGGAAUAAUAGUUAAUGGAGAUUUGGGAAAGAAGGGGAAGAGGCCUCAGUUUUGUUGUUUAGUGGGGGGAGAUGGAGGAUGAGGAGGAGAAAGUCAAAAGGCAGUGGGGGGAAGUUUGCCGUCUGUCCGUGGAUGGAUGGACUUUAUUGUUUGUAUGUUUCUUUCUUUGUCUCCUUGAUUGAUGUUGCUUGACUACAGUGAGUGUAGAGGAAGUAUGGUUUUGAGGAGAUGUGAGUUUGGUUUAGGAGAGGGAAUUAGAUGGAGAGGUAGAACCCUCCUCACUCACAAUUUUUUUUCUUCUGCAGGGGAUGGCUCUGCUCACACUGUCAGCAUCAAUCCACGGCCUGAAACCAACCUGCGACUACUACUCCGCGAGCCCCGUCUGCCACGCGACCGGGUCCCAGACAUCGGUCUUUUUCGUGGGGCUGUACCUGAUAGCGUUGGGGACCGGCGGGAUCAAGCCCUGCACGUCGUCGUUCGGGGCGGACCAGUUCGACGACUCCGACCCGGGGGAGAAGGCGAGGAAGGGAUCCUUCUUCAACUGGUUCUACCUCUCCAUCAACAUCGGCGCCCUGGAGAAAGGAGUCAACCACACUGUGGCGCGGGCUCCAUUCCUCCUUCGUUGCCGAUGAAACGAGCGGAGAGGAAGUUUCGCGGGAGAGAUGAAGGCGGCGCGGGAUGGAGAGGAGAAGGGGAAUGUCCUGUAGGUUUUAGAAAUUAGGUUUUGAUUAGUAGCGGGUGGGUCAUUUUUGUUGGUGGGUUGGGUCGGGUCGGGUGUGGUCUGGUUUGGUUAGAGGUUUGGUUAGGUUUUGCAGAGAUGGAGGGUUUAACUGACGUGGCGGGUCGGGUCAGUCAAUUUUGGGGUCAAAAGGUGCUGAUUAGGCGAAUCCGUCAGCCACGUCAUCACUUAAUGGACUUCGUUAACGGCGUUGGACGGCAGCUAACGGAGAGUGACCAUAAAUGAACGGUUUUUGUAAAG